AUAAUCGUGGGUUACCUGGUUACAAUUUUAUGGUCGCCGACUAUAAAAUAAAACAAUAUAAAUCGUCUCCUACGAUAUGCGAUUUUAAUAUUCGAUCUUAUUCCGUCGAUCUACCAUCAAUUUUUCAAAAUACGCAUCAUCAUAACGUACAUAAUAUAGGAACUAAGACAAAAUAUGAACAAAGCAGCAUUUAUGCGUUUCGGAACCUUCGUUACAGUGUUCAGAUGUCUGUUAGCGUUUGGCACAAUCGUCCAUUUAGUUUUGGUAAUAGACAUAAAAAACCAAUUGAUCAGUCCGCUCAAAGAAUGGCUAUUUGACAUAAUGUUCUAUUCGACUUCGUCCUCACUUUUCGUGAUCUCGGCUACCGCCGUUAACUCAGUAGACUACACAGAAAAAAAAAUACACCAUUUCAAGAAAAGUGCACUAACAAAGCAAAGUCUAAAACUGAGAUCUUAUGUUGUAGUAACUGCAGUUGAAGCCAUGGUACUUAUUUCUUAUUGUGCCAAUUUACAAUUUACUCUGCAAACUAUUUCAGGAGAGAUAGAAAACAUCCUGACUUCUAGUCUCAAUAAAUAUUCCACGAAUAGAGCUUGGCAAUUAUUUUGGGAUCAAUUUCAACAACAUUAUUAUUGCUGUGGUAGUUCCAAAAAUACAGAUUGGUUCCAAACAGCUUGGGUUUCACCAAUUACUUUAUCUUCAUUCUCUCUACUAAAAAAAUUCACACAACAAAAUGGAAAAUUCAUUAUACCUGCUGCUCCUAUAAGCUGUUGUUUACCUGAUGCUAUUUGCAAUACAUUCACAGAUGGUGAACAACCAGAUCCAGAAAAAUAUUUUCAAAAAAGUUGCUCUUCAAUAAUAGCUAAUAAAAUAAAUUCUAUUGCAUCCACAAGAUACUUUUUUUAUGCUGUAUUGGUCAUUCAGAUUAUUUCUGCUGUUGUAAAAUAUGAAGGCUACACGGAUGAUGACCACAAUCCAAAAUCAAAAUUAUAGAAGAAAAAUAUUUUUUUUUACAUUCUAAAAGAAACAAAUAAAUUCCCUUAAUUUAAUUACUUUUACAACGUUCUUAUUAUUAUCAUAUGAAUAU